CCGUUUAUUUAUUCUAUCUUGUAUUUGUGUUGUUGUGCGAAUUGAUUUUGGUUGAAACGAGCACACUGCGUGGUUGUUUAAUUUUGACUUGUAGUUGUCAGUCGGAUGCACAAAGAGCAGCCGACAAUGGGGGUGAACGGCAGCAUGGCGUGGUGAAGGUAGCGGAGCGGGCUAGCUAGCAUGCUAAUGGCUAACAACAAUGAGCCAUAUUUGGCGCUCUAGCGGGCAAAAGUUGGAAUUUAAAGGGAAGGCUGCUUCUAAAGCGACGUUUCGCCUUUUAACAAAAACCGAAAACGCGAGCGGGCAAUUCAAAGUUAAACGAACGUUCACCAUGUUAAAACGAGUGUUUGAUGAAUUUCAACGAAUAGCCCGGUAGCUUUUUGUUUCUGCGUUUGGAGACAUGAGUUGCUGUUUUUUUGGACAGCGACUUUCUCAUAAAAAAAAUUAGAGUUGAUCAUCGAUCAGUAGAUGCAAAUUGAUCGAUUGGUGUUUGCACCUUUUAAAACAGUGACGUGUGUUGCUUUUUUUAAGUAAUAUUUUUGCCAGUUUGUGAACGCCGAAAGCUUCAGUUGUUUCAUAUUUACAUACGCUAUCUUUGAAUGUUAGUUAGGCUGUCUCCGGCAUUUGUGCACUAAAUGCAUUGUCACAAGUUCCACACAUGAUACAUACUGUAUUGUGGUUCUUUUUAAAGAUUACUAUUCUGUAUGGUGUGCUGCUUGUGGGGACCGCCCCCCUUCACAAUGGUAAAGAGCGCCAUAGUGUGUAGAUACUCAAGACACUCUGCUGCUUGUUUCUCUGACAUACUCGCCCAGGUGAUUUUACAUCUGCAUUGAGCUCCAAGGAAGACUAUGUUUGGCUUUCACAAGUCAAAGAUCUACCGGAGUAACGACGGCUGUUGCAUCUGCAAGACCAAGUCCUCCAGCUCGCGUUUUACAGACAGCAGUCGAUAUGAAGAAACGUUCAGGCUCUGUUUUGGGCUCUCAGAAGACCGUGUCGGAGACAUCUGCAAUGCUUGUGUGUUGUUGGUGAAGAGGUGGAAGAAACUCCCCAAUGGCUCCAAGAAGAAUUGGAACCAUGUGGUGGAUGCCAGAGCUGGACCAGGCUUCAAAGUGACAAAGCCCAAGAAGAUCAAGAACAGUGAUGGCAAGAAGAAAAGCAAGCUGAAGAGGCUUCACAAGUUAAAGAGGCAAACAGACUCUGAUGCUCACAGCACCACCUCCAGUGUGUCUCCUGCCCACUCGCCCAGUUAUAGCAACCAGUCAGAUGACGGCUCAGACAUUGAGUCCAAACAGAGGCGCUCUUCUCCUUCCAUCUUCUCAUUCUUGGACCGAUCUUACUGGAAAAGGCAAAAGGUGUGCUGCGGGAUUGUCUACAAAGGCCGCUUUGGUGAGGUGAUUAUUGAUCCUCGUCUUUUUAAGCCCUGCUGCAAUUCAAAAAAACAGAAGACACUGGUGUCCACGCAAGUUCCUCCACACCUUCCAGAAACGCAUCCACCACAACUCCCAGAGGAAAUGAAAGAAACCUGGUGAUGGCUCUUGUUUAAUCCUUCGCAGGGUUAUCCAUGGCACUCACCUGGAUUUGUCUCCAGUGGCAGACUUCCCUUCUCCUCCCUUAGAUAAAUUUUGAUGUAUUGUUACACGUGCUAUUACUUUUUUCAUAUGGUUAUUUUAACUUUUGUAUAGUGUUCUUCUUUUUUUUUUAUACAAUAUUACAAAAACCUUAAGGGCAUUAGUUUUAUUUAUAGGUUAAAGAGAAACAUUGUUAAAGCUCAGUUUAUUUUGGUUACUUAAGUGAUCCAUGUUCUGUAAAUAUAUUGUCACUUUGAUACAUAUCACGACUGUUCUAUUUUUCCAUGAUUUGCAUUUAAGAAAAAAAAAAAGCACCAGCUAUUUCCAAUUACCAGCUUUUUUCUUAUAGCUUGGAGUUGAGCCUCCACAUGUUGCUGCAAACUUUAAUCAUGUUCUUUGUUUCACAUGUGACUUGGUAGGAUUUUUAGUACACAAAAGGAUAGUUGGCAACAGCAGGGAUCAUUAGGCCAACUGCCCUAAAUGAAUUUAAUUAGAUUUUAAUGAUAUUUUUGUAGAGGAAAACAAUUGUGAUGUUUUGACAGGUGAAGCACGACUUUGAAACACUCCAUUUGAAUUUGAACGUAGAGCACAUUGAUCUGAAUAGAUUAGAAUGUGAUUAGAAGAUGCAUGCAGUAUGUUUCUCUGCCUUUUGGAGGGGAAACAGAAAUGAUGUAUUUAUUUCUUUUGUACAGUCACCAAUGAAAUGACGUGUAUGUUGUAAGCAUAUCCCCCACACCCACACCCACACCCCCAAACCACUACUUGUGUACAGAGUGCGUUUUACUCUAACCCGGUUUACUUUUUUUUAUAUAUUUUUUUUUCUCCAAAAAUGGCUUUUUUUGCAUUCAAUGCUCACCAGUAAUUGAAUUUGGGAAAAAAAUGAGUAGCAAGUUCGGGAAAAUGUCAGUGUAAAACUCAUGUUCCAAAUGUCAUGCGUAGGCGAAGACGUGUGGUUAUAACUUUUUGCCUGGUGAGAAUGUGUUUUCAUCUCUGAUUUGCGUUCAGAUGCAAUUGUCAAGGUUCAAACUAUGCAGACGUUUUGAAUGUGUGGCGCUCUGUCACUGUUGCUGUUAAGUGUUAAGUGAUGGACCCUGAUUCAACCAAACUUACUUGUAUAAAACAUCCAUUACUUAUUGUCCCAAAUAUGUCUCAUGUAUGCCGUUUUAAUGAUGCUCAGGUUGCACCGUGGUAACCAUAGUGCAUGCAUGCUGUCUACUCUGAACCAUCUCAGACUGUAUGAAUUUUACAGUUAAUGUUCAGGAAUUAUGCUUGUUGUGGCAGGGUCGUUUUAAACCCAAGAAGGUUCUCAUUAAAAGGAGAAUUGCUGCCUCCUUUUGAACUGCUUAAUAAGCUUAUUUUUUGCCAUAUUAUUUUGCAAGGUGCAUUUUAGAAAAUGAAAUGUGCCUUAAUGAAUUACCUGACAUUGUCUUAAUGCUUCUCAUGUAAUUUAUAUUUAUUUAUGACAAUGUUUUUUACUGAGGUAGCUGGUGUAGACUCUUUCCGAAUGUUUUUGCGCACUUCCCUUGAACUUGCAAGCUUACCAUGUUUUUUUAAUGGGUUUUUUUGUAUACUGUAUUGUACAACCAAGUAGAGCUGUACUGUAAUAAGCUAUAAUAAACUUUGUCAUUAAUAUGUGUGGAUCGCUAGAUGGCGUCAAAGAGCUACACAGGAAAACCGGGUAUAAAACGACCUUGUUGGUAUUAUGGAUUAGUUCAUUGUGUGUUUUAUUACUUUUUAGAUCCAUAUAAAAUAUCCACCUUUUAACAUCUGAGUCCACUUAUUUACAGUUGUGCUCACAGCAGGUGCUAUAAAGUGGUCCCGCCGGCGCAUGCAGGAUACAUUUGCUCA